UUUGAGAACAUAAUGUCCGUCUGUACAUCUUCUCACAAGGAUUUUUCUCAGCUGCUACCUGCUCAAGACAUGGAUAUAAAAAACUCACCAUCAAGCCUUAAUUCCCCUGCUUCCUACAACUGCAGCCAGCCCCUCCUGCCGCUGGAGCACGGCCCCAUCUAUAUCCCUUCCUCCUAUGUAGAGAGCCGCCAUGAAUACUCAGCGAUGGCGUUCUAUAGUCCCGCUGUGAUGAAUUACAGCGUCCCCAGCAGUGCCAAUAACCUGGAAGGUGGGCCUGUUCGACAGACCACAAGCCCAAAUGUGUUGUGGCCAACUUCUGGACACCUCUCUCCUUUGGCCACUCAUUGCCAGUCCUCGCUUCUGUAUGCGGAACCUCAGAAGACUCCUUGGUAUGAAGCAAGAUCACUAGAACACACCUUACCUGUGAACAGAGAGACGCUGAAAAGGAAACUUAGCGGGAGCAGUUAUGCCAGCCCUGUUACUAGUCCAAGUUCAAAGAGGGAUGCCCACUUCUGCGCAGUCUGCAGCGAUUACGCAUCUGGGUAUCACUAUGGCGUCUGGUCGUGCGAAGGAUGUAAGGCCUUUUUUAAAAGAAGCAUUCAAGGACACAAUGAUUAUAUCUGUCCAGCAACGAAUCAGUGCACCAUAGACAAGAACCGGCGUAAAAGCUGCCAGGCCUGCCGACUUCGCAAGUGUUACGAAGUAGGAAUGGUCAAGUGUGGAUCCAGGAGAGAAAGGUGUGGGUACCGCAUAGUCCGAAGACAGAGAAGUUCCAGCGAGCAGGCGCACUGCCUGAGCAAAGCCAAGAGAAACAGCGGGCACAUACCUCGGGUGAAGGAGCUCCUGCUGAGCACCCUGAGCCCAGAGCAGCUGGUGCUCACCCUCCUGGAGGCAGAGCCGCCCAACGUGCUAGUGAGCCGUCCCAGCAUGCCCUUCACCGAGGCCUCCAUGAUGAUGUCCCUCACUAAGCUGGCCGACAAGGAACUGGUGCACAUGAUUGGCUGGGCCAAGAAAAUCCCUGGGUUUGUGGAGCUCAGUCUGUUGGACCAAGUCCGGCUCUUGGAGAGCUGCUGGAUGGAGGUGUUAAUGGUGGGGCUGAUGUGGCGCUCGAUCGACCACCCCGGCAAGCUCAUCUUUGCUCCAGACCUCGUUCUGGACAGGUCAUCAGAAGACCCUCACUGGCACGUUGCGCAGAUGAAGAGCGAUGCCCCAAGGGAUGAGGGGAAGUGUGUAGAAGGGAUUCUGGAGAUCUUUGACAUGCUCCUGGCGACGACAUCAAGGUUCCGUGAGUUAAAGCUCCAGCACAAAGAGUAUCUCUGUGUGAAGGCCAUGAUCCUCCUCAACUCCAGUAUGUACCCCUUGGCGACGGCAAGCCAGGAGGUGGAGAGCAGCCGGAAGCUGACACAUCUGUUGAACGCAGUGACAGAUGCCCUGGUCUGGGUGAUUGCUAAGAGUGGCAUUUCCUCCCAGCAGCAGUCAGUUCGCCUGGCCAAUCUCCUGAUGCUUCUUUCUCAUGUCCGACACAUCAGUAACAAGGGCAUGGAACAUCUGCUCAGCAUGAAGUGCAAAAACGUGGUCCCAGUGUACGACCUGCUGCUGGAGAUGCUGAAUGCUCACACGCUUCGAGGGUACAAGUCCUCAGUCUCGGUGUCUGAUUGCAGCUCAGCAGAGGACAGCAAGAGCAAAGAGGCCUCCCAGAACCCACAGUCUCAGUGACGGCCAGGCCUGAGGUGGACAUUCUACAGAGCUGCUCAAAGGUGGAACCCUGCACCCUCGCAGCUCCCCAGCUGGGGCUUCAUCUUACGGCUGCCUUGGUCAUGCACCCUUCCCCCACAUUCCACUUCCCAGGGGUCAGGGUGGGUGGGUUGCAGUGUCCCUGUACCGGGGGAUACCUCUGAAUGCAGAGUUCUCACUUUUGUAUAGCCUUAGAAGGUUCUCGAUGUGACCCUUCUCUCACUCUCCAUCUCCUCUGCCCACUCGGGAAAACGUCUCAAAGCUUCUGGAAUGGAUGGUGAAAGUCUGACCCGGAAGGAUUGGCCUUAGACAGGGGAGAGAAGGUGACACUCUGCAGCAGGGGUUCUCAACCUCUCUGAUGCUGUGACCCUUUAAUAUAGCUCCUCAUGUUGUGGAGACCCCAACCAUAAGAUUAUUCCAUUGCUACUUUGUAACUGUAAUUUUGCUACUGUUAUGAAUUGUAAUGUAAAUAUCUGAUAUGCAGGAUGCCUGAUAUGUGACCCCCACGGGGGUUCAUGACCCACAGAUGGAGAGUCGCUGGUCUAUAAGAAAUGGACUGUAGAACUAACUGUGUGGUUGUAAAAUCAACCUUUGAAGGGUGUCUUUCCAGACCACUUGAUUAUAGGAUUGAAAACCACAUUGACAAUCAGCUCGUUUCACAUUCCUACCUCACAGGCUUGUGAGGACUGAUGAUGUGUUGUUGGUUAUUCUAUCAGAGACCAGAGGGAUACUGGUCAAGCUCAGAUGUGAGCCGCCUUCCUCCCCCCAGGUCUUCUUGCUAUCCGUGCAGAUUCAUCCUUCCUGAUUUAUGUUUGUAGAACCUGCUUAUUUGGCCUAUUGAGUCUCACUGUCAUGGAUUAAGAUUUAAAUCUUUC